AUGGAGGAGACAAAGAAAGGGUUGCUGUACAUCAAUGUGUGUGGCUGGAAGUGCGUCCCUACCCCUGCUGAUGAGAACAAGCCUGUGUGUGGAGGGAGACUGGAGACAGACACUGGUGAAGGAGGAGAUGACUACAGUAAGGUGGAUGUGGCGUUCAGCCCUGCAGUGCAGCAGCAGGCUCAGAAGGACAAGAGGGAGAAGGACCAGGUUCACCUGUUAGCCCUGAGCUUCACCCAGCAGCAGCAUGGCCUGCGUCUGGUCCAGCGGACAUGGCCUAGAGGACAUGCAGUGCCGCCUGGGUUCUCUAAAACAGUCCAGCCACCAACACAGCAUCCCAGACCCCAGCUUCCCUGCUCCAGCAGAUCUCCUUCUGCGUGAAGGGCAGACCUGAGGACAGUACACCUGUGCAGCUCAUCACAUCUGUCCAGCUAUCAUCUGGGCCAGGGGACCAAAGCUACAAGACCAAGAACCUGAUCCAGGUGAUCUCUAGCUCAGUGACAGCCCAGCCUCAGCAGCCACAGCACCAGCUCACUGUCAACUCUGACCCCAGGGACCUCUCUCGGAGCCUGGAGCUGACUGUGGAGCUACCAAAGGUUCAGUCCAUCACAGAGUGCCAUCUCAGCAUUUCCUAGGUCAGGGACCACUCUGCUUCCCCUUCCCUUGUGCUAUGAAUAAGGCCCUGUGACAGAUUAACAAAAACUAUGUUGAUUUUGCUUAAGCGCUUCCUAUGUUGACAUAAUAGCCUAUGUUACAUUAUAAGUUAUCCUUUCUGUGGUCUUGUUGGUCUAAAUGUCUGUGUGUAUUUCUCUAUAAUAUGAUAUACUACUAGAAGUGGAGGAUAUGUACCAUCUACACCUGGAGCUGCCCGAGACUGUGAAUGAGGAGUCGGCCUCUGCCACGUUCAACAAGAAACGGACAUUAACUUUGCAAGUGUCUAUACUCUAGUGCCGUUACUGCAGACACUAAAAGCACACACCUUAAUUCAUAGACAAAAAAAAAACACUGUCUGCUCUGGCAUGUCACACUUACACCCAGUAGGUGAUUUGUCUCUCUGAAGGGAGAUAUAAGAAGUAUAUAAUAAUAUAUAUUUCACUUUGGAAAUAUAAGAAGGCCAUUAGAGAAGGCAGUAACUUCAGUUACCUCAAAGCAAAUGGACCAAAAUAAAUGUAAUUUCUGCUAUACAUCCUACAAGCUGUGGGUCUGAACCUUUUGUAGUAGUAAACAGUACCUCAGUAAAGACAUUCAGAG